CUGUAAUAGUUCAUAAAAUACGUCAUAAAUUUGUUUUAGUGUUAGUCAUAAUCUUGCUUCCUUUCCAAAACGAUUAUGUUAUCGUCUAAAUUCAUAGUAAAAUGUAUCAGAAACAGUUUAUCAGCGUCAUCGUAAACAAGCUUGCAUUUAUUGAAAUUCCGCACUUGCGUAUAAUAGUAUAACCACAAAUAGUAAAAAACACACUCGAAGGUCGCGAUGGCAUAACAAAGAAAAUCAUAAAAAUGUUAAAUACAUUGAAAUAGUUUGUGGUGAAGUAGUUAAAAAAGUUUGAAGUAAUUGAUUGGAAUGAAAGAAGAUGAUGGUGGUUAAGUUUGUGAUUUUUUUCGCAUUGGUUUAUUAUUGUGAUUGUUCUUCAUCGAAACAUUCGAUUCAUUCAGAUAAUUCUAGAAAACAAAACGAAGAUGGACUUUACUUAGUUCACGUUAUUUGUAGGCACGGUGAUAGAACACCAAGACUCACUUAUGCUCAAGAUCCAUAUAAAAACCAACGAUAUUAUCCCGUUGGGUUAGGACAACUAACAAAAAAUGGAAAACAACGAAUGUAUAACGUUGGAAUUGCCUUAAAGAAACGUUAUCAAGAAUUCCUCGGAAACUUCUACCUCCCAUGGCAAGUUAAAAUAAGAUCAUCAUCAUUGGAUCGCACUCAAAUGACAGCCCAACUAGUAAUGGCUGGAAUGUAUCCACCAAAAACGGCUCAAAUUUGGAAUAAAAAUUUAACUUGGCAACCAAUUUCAAUGGAAAUUCUUCCAUAUAAACAAGAUCGCAUAUUCUUAGCUGAUCAUUCUUGCCCGAAAUUCAACAACCUUCUAAAAGAAAACAUCCAACACGCAAAAGAAUCCGGGAAAUUCAAUAAAUACGAGUACAUGUUCAAAAAUCUUCGGAAACACACCGGACAAAACGUUCAAACGCCCGAAGACGUUUUAAGAAUUUACGAUACGUUAAUGUGCCAAAAAGAAUGGGGUUUAAAAUUACCGUCGUGGGCCGAUAAUUAUUUCUUAGAAACGAUGAAAGACGUCGCUGAAACGUAUUGGAACGAUUACGUCCCAACAUCGGAAAUAAAAAAACUCAACAUCGGGGCAAUGUUAAAGAAAAUCAACGACGACAUUUCAAAUAAAAUAAAAGGAGAUCCAAAUUCAAAAGAGAUGAAAUUUUAUUUGUGGUCUGGACACGACUCAAAUUUAGUCGCAUUGUUGCAAACUAUGGGUGCUUAUGAUGGGUAUAUUGUUCCGUAUGGAGCGCAUAUCAUUAUCGAGGUUCAUAAAAAGGGUAAAGGGCACGUUGUAAAAGUGUUUUAUCAGAAUAAUAAAGAAAAAGAACCGAAACUUUUACGGUUAGAUGGAUGUUCUUCGAAAACGUGCGAUUAUAAUGAUUUUGUUGAUUAUUUUAAAAAAUAUUUUCUUGAUGCCGAUGAAAAUUGUUAAUAGUUAAUAAUAUUACCUUUUUUUGUAUGAUUAUUUAAAUAAAGAUUAUUGGUUAUUAUUGGAUUUGUAUCCCUAUCUUAACUUUUCGCUAACUUUAAGCAACUAGUCAUACUAAAAGGUGGUGACUAAUUAAAUUAAGAUUAAUAAUCAAAUUGUAUUGGGCAUAAAUUGCAAUAUAAAUCGUAAUGGGUGAUUGUAAUAAUACAUAAUAUUUAUAUUUUUAUA